AGCAAUGGGUUAACUGAUUGUGAUUCCAACAUUGAACUGCACAAGAGCAACCAUUGGUGCUGAACUCUUUUCUCUGUUUUGGCUGGCCGCUGGCCUGUGUGAUGCAUUAUGUCUUUGCCCUCAACACCAAGGUACAAACCCAGUGAAUGUUUGUCAUUUGUUGUACAAUUUUGCUCGGGAAAGUAUGUACCGCAGAAACCAUGUUGUGUUGUGGUGUUUGAAGUGGUACAUGUUUCUUCUGCAGGAAUUGCACAAACAUGAUGUUUGGACCACUGGAUAUAUGGAUCAAGAGCGCCCAUUCCCAUUCAAAACCAACUCUUUUGACAUGUAUUGGUCCACUGGGAAGUUUGUAUUUUGUGGGUUUGUUUAGCUCUCUAGAAAUUGGAGAAGGGUGCGUAGCGCGGGCUUGCGGCUUACAAUCACGUGAACAUAAUUCUGUUUGUCGGCCCAAGAUCAAAGUUGAGGGAGGACAGAAACGUCCGCGCAUGUUGAUUCCAUAGUAGGAAGAGCAGGAGUUGUCAAGACAGUUUGUUGUGACCUCAUCCCUGUAUGACUUGGUGCUCCACCGAAUCGGCUGCUUGCCUGUGAAUGCUGAAAACAUGUCGGUAAGGUGGAUGGGCUCAGCAUCGCGGCCGACAGCAUUCUCGCGAAGGGUUGUCGGACCACUGGUCGCCCUCCUGGUGAUAUGGUGGGAAGUCCAUUGCCGUGCGUUUUCCGUGAUGUCCAAAACUGAAGACCAUGAUCUCUUAUUGAAACUGUUGAAGGAAGAGAGAGCUCGACUGGAGACAUAUAUGAGGACGUUGCGUUGGCCCAGGUUGACCCACUUCCAAGCAUUUGGCAAGACAUACAAAUUGCCACUGCGAAGCCGGUUGGCGAGCAAGUCCCCUACAGCAGCUGAGUUGGCGUACCUGGGUGGUUUCUUUGACGGUGACGGGUGUGUGACUCCUGUGACUGGCUUGUCAGGCUGUAAGCUGCAAAUAACACAGGUGGCCAUGAACGCUGAAGUCCUAAUCCUGUUUCGGCAAUUCUUUGGAGGAGGUGUUUACGUGUGUGAACACGGCAAGGGAAGGAAGCGGCCAACACUGAAGUGGGUGGUUUGCGGUGGGAAGGCUAGAAUUGCAGCGAAGCAACUGUGUCAAGCUUGUUUGAGUAAGACGGAGCAGCUACAGCUGGCCAGCAAUUGGCCGGAUGACAAAGAUGAGCGGCAAUUGGUGACAAGCAAGCUACGAGGCCUAAAGGAAGGCCCGCCAAACAUCCCAACCCAGUCAAGGCUUUCAUGGCCGUAUUUGACAGGCCUGUUCGAUUCAGAUGGUUGCAUUUCUUUGCAUUCGUGCCGGGCGUCUUUCACACUUAGGCUUGAUCAGAAGUACAAGCCUCUUUUGCUUCAGAGUAAGGCGUUCCUUGAUUUAAUGCUUGGAACAUCACAUGUGCAUGUGAAUUUUGUUUCAGUGACAGGAACAUACCAAUUGGCAGUCUGUGGCCAGAAAACUGUGCACGCCGUACUCCAAAAGUUUUUGAAUGCUGGUUUGACUGUCAAAAAGUCCAAAGCUGAGCUUGCGCUAUCUCUUCCUGAAAAUUCCGAAGAGACUAUUCGAGAGCAAAUGAGUGGUAUCACAACCACGGGCAAUCAGGGGCGACACAACAAACUGGAUGCUGAAGGCCGCCAACUUGCCAAGCUCAUAAAGGGUCUUCAGAACAGAAAAUGGCAUGCCGAAAAGAACGAUGACAGCAAGUUAGUCGAGCAGCUAGAGAGCAAACUUGAAUGCCUACAACUGCACCGUGAGAUCGAGAAAGCCAAGUGUUGCGUGCAUCGUUUGACUGAGGACAUCCACAAGUUAGUGGCUCAAGGUGCCAUAUCAACCAAGCCACAUCUUGCUAAAAUGCUGGGGAUCGAUUUCAACUGAUGUCGAUCUCUUGUCCACGCAGGAAAAAAGACCUUGUUUGCACCAAGCGUCAUGCGGAAUCGGAUUGGUCGACCCGGGCUGAUCUUGUUUGAGCAAUGUAAGGAGGUCUGCGGCGAAACGGGUAGCGAGAACAGUACAUGCGACAUCAACAUCCAUGUGCAAAUGUGCAACCACCUCUUUGGCUAUCCUUUGUUUUCUGUAGCAUAGAACCACCAUGUUAGUUUCCAGCAGCAUUGUUUCCAGC